GUUUUUUUUUCUUCUUCACUCGCCUCUAUCAUCACAAUGCACUACCUCGCCGCCGCCCUUCCACUUCUCACACUCGCCCUCGCCGCGCCCAGCAACCGCCCGAGCGUGCCCCUCACACCCCUCAACUCUAGACAAUACUCGGAUGACCUCGUCGAACGCCAGUCAUGGCUGCUCGAUCAAGCCAAAGGCCUCCGGAGCAAGUACGCUCCUCAUCUCGGUGAGAGAGGACAAGAGCUUCGUAGGAGAGAUAUAAUAGACGAGGGUAUCAUGAGACGGAAGCGGGCGAACCAGAAAAGAGCUACGGGGACCGUUUCCCUUACCGAUGUGGGUCUCGAUGCUUCGUACGCUGGACAGGUGUCGAUCGGCACACCGGCACAGGAUUUUCUUGUGAUCAUGGACAGCGGCUCCUCUGAUCUCUGGGUUGCUGGUUCUACAUGUACAGACAGCUUUUGCAGUCAAAUAACCACCUUUGACACCAGUGCCUCGUCUUCGUUCACCACCAGCAAUGAGGCGUUCAACAUUACCUAUGGAUCGGGCGACGCCGACGGGACUCUUGGCACGGACACUGUCUCGAUGGCCGGCUUCACCGUUUCUGACCAGACUUUCGGCGUCGUCACUUCUACAUCCGCUGAUUUGAUCAGUUACCCUCUUUCCGGUCUUAUGGGCUUAGCAUGGAAGUCGAUUGCUUCUUCCGGCGCGACUCCCUUCUGGCAAGCUCUUGCCGCCUCUGGUGACUGGGAUUCCCCUGAAAUGGGUGUUUACCUGAAGAGAUACAGGGGUGACAGCACUGCGAGCCAGAUCGAGACUGAUGGCGGAGAGAUCCUCUUUGGUGGGCUUAAUACGAGUUUGUAUAAUGGUAGUGUCAACUACAUCUCCAUCGACGAAUCCGACGAAGAUUAUUGGAGAAUUCCUCUCGAGGCUAUGGUCAUCCAGGGCAACUCUGUCUCCAUUGCCUCCUCUUCCGGCGGCAGCAACCCUUCUUGUGCUAUCGACACUGGAACUACCCUCAUUGGUGUCCCCUCCCAGACCGCUUACAACAUCUAUUCUCAAAUUGAGGGUGCCGAGGCGCUUUCUGAGUCUACUGGUUAUGAGGGUUACUACCAGUACCCAUGUGACACUGACGUGACCGUAUCUCUCCAAUUCGGCGGCAUGUCUUAUAGCAUCUCCAAUGCCGACAUGAACCUCGGCUCUUUCACUAGGGAUACUUCAAUGUGUACCGGUGCCUUCUUUGCCAUGGACAUGUCUUCCCGAUCUCCCGUCCAAUGGAUCGUCGGUGCAUCCUUCAUGAAGAACGUCUACACCUCUUUCCGAUACAACCCUGCCGCCAUUGGCUUUGCCGAGCUCGUUGGCGGUUCCUCCGUCUCAACCGGCAAUUCUUCUAGCUCUACCACUUCUGGCGGUACCUCUGGUUCUAACGGCGGUGGAUCUUCUUCCAGUGGCACUAUGGAGAAGAGUGUGCAGUUGGGAUUGCUCGUCGGUGCUGCGGUUGUUGGCCUUGCCGCAAUGAUCUAGAGAAAAAGUUGAUAAGUAUGGGAAGGCGGGGAAAUCUAGGUUGGUCGUACCUGUGUAUUAAAAGCGAAGACAGUCAUAACUGUAGCCAUUAAGGGAAGGGAGGGAGAAGUCAACCUGAGUGUGGAUAUACGAGGACACUCUUGGUUAAUUUUUGCCCCUCAAAAAACUAGAAAACCCCUGCGAAAACCAUCAAGUGUUGUACAUAUCACCUCACCGUCUUUUAUAACAAUAGCAACAGCAUUACUUUUACCAUUUGGAUUAUCGGUGGCCGGCCAAUAAUCAGCCUCAUUCAUUAUAUCUUUACAUAUAUUUAUCUUGUUGCAUUUAGCAUUUCCCCGAACGUUGCAUUAGGUAAUUCAUUCGUAUGAUUGUCCAGAUUUUCGAUAGCAAUUGAUAGCAAACGAUAACAAUUAGUAGCAAAGUGCAAAUGCAUAGUCACAAAUUGCAUCCUCGC